CUGACCAAUUCAAUGACAUUACUAGUAUAUGCCACGCGUGUGCGGUGUGCCUGAUCUUAAAUUAAUCUCUCAUCAGGUAUGAACAAUCUGACUUCUUCAACUCUUGACAAUGUAUGUUACUCUGGGGGGUGACAUAUUUGCAGACAUUUCGAUGGUCUCCGGUGUGACAGAGGAAAAGGAGGAGCAGAAACGCGCUGCUCCGCCUUCACAUUAUCGCGGAGUUCUCAAAGGAGAAUUACAGCACCUCAGAUCCUGAAAAACACAUCCUCAUUAUCCAUUUAGAGACAUUAGCGGCUUCAGUCUGAUUUAUAUUCCCGCGCGGCUGCUGAAGAGGACGUGUGUUUGUUUACGACGCCAUUUUUAAAGUAUUUAUUUACCGCGGUGCAACUUUUACACUCAUUCCUCCGAAACAGCAGCAGGACAACUGGCGACUCCCUAAUUUUGUAGUUUUUUUUAGAUGUGUUUGUGAUUCUCAUCAGCUCAGGAAUUAUGGGAUGCUGCGGCAGCACACAGAAGGAACGCGACUGGAAGCCUUUAGAGCAGAGAAGGUGCACAGAUAUACCAUGGCUGCUGCUCUUCAUCCUCUUCAAUAUCGGCAUGCUCUGCAUCUGUGGUUUCGCUAUCGCGACAGGAGCUGCUACCAGACUCGUAUCAGGGUACGACAGCUACGGCAACACCUGCGGUCAGAAAAAUGCCCAAAUCCCAGGCAUCGAACACAGCGGACUGGACCACAGCAACAGAAAGUAUGUGUUUUUCCUGGACCCCUGCAAAAUUGACAUUGCUAAGAGAAAGAUUAAAUCUGUGGCUUUAUGUGUGUCGAAGUGUCCAAAGGUUCAGCUGGACACGUAUGAGGACCUCACCAAGUUCGCCACAGUUAACGGAUCUGCUUUAUGCACCUAUGAUGUACAGCCGGAGGCUUAUUCGUCUAAUCCUAAUAAAGAUGUGAAAUGUCCAAAACUUCCUGUUUUUCCGAGUGCGUCUCUGCCGGUGUUUCACCGCUGUAUGCCGGUCGACAUCUCGUGUUUUGCUACCUUUGCGAAGGCCUUCAUCACGUUCGUCAGUGAUAACAGUGUGCUCCAUCGGGUCAUUGCUGGAGUCAUGAUGGCUAAAGAGAUCAUCAUGGGCCUCUGUCUGCUCGCCCUUGUUCUGUCCCUGAUCCUGAUGGUGGUGAUCCGCUAUAUAUCUGUGCUUCUGGUCUGGAUUCUCACAGCAGUGGUGGUGAUUGGCUCAGUGGGUGGUUGCGGGAUCCUCUGGUGGCUGUAUGUGGAUCAGGGGAAAGCUCUGAACGCCACAAUGCCGGCUCAUGAUCUGGAGAUUGCCCAUGACAAUCAGCAGGCCCUGCUCAUCUACGCCAUAGGAGCCACCAUCUUUACUGUCCUUUUGCUGCUGCUGAUGUUCUUCAUGAGGAAGCGUGUGGCUCUCACCAUCGCUCUAUUCCAUGUAGCUGGUAAAGUGUUCACUCAUCUGCCUCUGCUGGCGCUGCAGCCCUUCUGGACCUUCCUCACACUCAUGCUCUUCUGGGUCUACUGGAUCUCUGUGCUGCUCUGCCUCGGCACCGCAGGCAGUCCAGUGAAGAAUAAUCGGACUGGUCUGGUGGAGUUUAAGAUGGACGGUCCGCUGCAGUAUAUGGUCUGGUAUCACGCCGUCGGCCUCAUCUGGGUCAGCGAGUUCAUCCUGGCCUGUCAGCAGAUGACCAUCGCUGGAGCUGUGGUCACUUACUACUUCACAAGAGAUAAGUCUCAGCUGCCCUUCACACCCAUCGUGUCGUCAGUGCUGCGUCUGAUGCGCUUUCACCUGGGCACCGUGGCUAAAGGAGCCUUCAUCAUCACUCUGGUGGAGAUCCCUCGCCUCAUCCUCACUUACAUCCACAGCCAGCUCAAAGGAAAGGAGAACGCGUGUGCUCGCUGCAUGCUGAAGGCCUGUAUCUGCUGUCUGUGGUGUCUGGAAAAGUGCCUGUCCUACCUGAACAUGAAUGCUUAUACAGCCACGGCCAUUAACAGCACUAAUUUCUGCACGUCUGCUCGAGAUGCUCUCUUCAUCCUGGCAGAAAACGCUCUCCGUGUGGCCGCCAUCAACAGUGUCGGAGACUUUGUGCUGUUUUUGGGAAAGAUUUUGAUCGUGUCGUGUACGGCGUUUGCGGGCGUCCUCUCUCUGAACUACCAGCGUGAAUACAGCGUCUGGGUGCUGCCGCUCAUCAUCGUGUGUGUGUUCGCCUUCCUGGUGGCUCAUUGUUUCCUCUCCGUCUUCGAGAUCGUGGUGGACGUCCUGUUCCUCUGCUUCGCCAUCGACACCAAGCAGAACGACGGCAGUCCAGGCCGCGAAUAUUACAUGGACAAGAGCCUCAUGGAGUUUGUAGAAAACUCCAGGAAAGCUACAGAGAAGUACAGCAAAGCAGAAGGAGACAGUCGGGAGAUGAAAUCUAUGACUGGAGGAACACUGGCCUGAUGAAGACCUCGCCACACUUUUUACAUCGUCUGACACUCCAACAAAGAGCUACCGAGAUGCGCAAGAGCUUCUCUUCAGGGAUUAUAAUGUGACAGACCUUAUGAAAGGGCAUUAGAAGAGCUCCAGGAGCAGGGUACAUGCACAGAUAUACUGUAUGCAUGCUAAUAUUAGCUGCCAAAUUUGUAUUUUCCCGAAACACACAAAAGAAUGGACUUGAGCAGCCGAUUGCAUGCAAGUCAUUUAAAAUAGAAAUUUGGAAGCCUAAAUAUCAGCUUUGACUUCGAUUUAUUCAGUGCUGGACAAGAUUAAUCUCAUCCAAAAUAGUUUGUUUUGACUGUGUGUGUAUUAGUUUUAUAUAUAUAUAUAUAUAUAUAUAUAUAUAUAUAUAUAUAUAACACAAUAUAAUAUAUAAUAUUUUAUAAUAUGUAUAUGUGAUACACACAUAAAACUAUACAAAAGCAUUGUUAUUUAAAUAUAUAUUUAAUUUGUAUCAUAAAUAUCUCAUUUAACAUUUGAAUUAUAAUUAUAAACGAACAUUUUCUUAAACGUAUGCAUGCGUGUAUUCAUAUAUACACAGUAAACACACUUAAAUUGUCAAAUCAAACCUUAAUUUUGGAUGCGAUUGAUUUGCUCAGCACUAUUUUUAUUACGAUAGUACAUUUUAUGCAGAACUUAUCAAGUAGAUGCAUUAGUAUUUUAUAUAUUUGAUAAUUUUAGGGUUUUACUCCAUAAAAUUCAGUUUCAGUCAUCCAUCGUCAUUUUUCAAAGGUGCUUUUUGAACGUUAUCUUAUUGACAAUUUUCUGAAAUGCAGUGCUAUCAUAUUUUUUUUCUAUGCAAGCAAUAAUAAUGGACUUUCCUCAGCAAGAUGUUUUUAUAUGAUUUGAGGUCCAUGAGUGUCUUAUUUUAAUAUCCUAGAGUAGUUGCUGCUGAAGUUUGCACUGUUUAUUUAAAUUUGUGCAGCAGUUUUGUUACAAAUAUAUUAAGAGACUCUUAUCUUUUACUGUAAAUCAUAUGUUUUAAACUGGAUUCCUGGAGGGCUACAGCUCUGCACAGUUUUGCUCCAACUCGAAUUAAACACAGCCGAUCCAAAUGAUCAAGGUGUUCUUGACUGUUAUAGACUGUUAUGCAGAUGUGAGUUGGAGGUGGUUGGAGCUAAACUAUGCAGACCUGCAGCCCUCCAGGAAAUUCAGUUUGAGACUAUUGCUGUAAAUGAACCGCAUUACAAAAGUUGCCAUUUUCUCUUGUGCCAAAAAGCUGACGUGUGUCUUAUAAAAACACUAAAUAACUUUUUUAAUUUGAAUUUUUUUAUCUUGUUAUUGGAGUCCAAUAAUUAAUUUUAUCAUUUUGAGCCAGAAAUGACACACUGCAGCUUUAAAUCACAUCAUUCGUGUGAAAGUUAUGAGUGUAAUAGGAAAACAGUUUAAUAAAAACCCAAAGAAACAUA